AUGUUGAAGGUUGCAUUAGGGAAAAUAACCUUCUUUAUCCAUGUUGAUGAAGUAACAACCGAUGGAAAAAUCCAUGGAGGUGCCUGUUGCCAGGGUGUAUCUGGGAUGAAGUGUACAAAACUGUGUAAACCGGUCCUCACUGUAUGCUUAAAGUCCAGAAAUCAACCCUGUAUAACCAGCUUUACCACGACUCUUGAUAUGAGACGAAAACAAGUUUUUUUUGGAUCCAAAGUGGGCAAUACAACAAAUCCUCAAUUUCUUGAUGUCGAUAGCUGGAAUAAAUAUACAGGCAAAAUAGCAGUUAGCGUGAGAGAUCAACAGACAUCCUCUCUACCCCUCAUCUACCAGACAGAGUUCUCUGAUUACAAUUUGAAGAUAGGACACAAUAUAUUGUCACAGAAUUGGAGACAGAAGAAGCUAGCAGCCAACUAUAUUCGAGACAAAAACUCAUUUGGCAUUCAGAUCACAUACAAGGCUUACUGUUCUGAAGGUUACUAUGGAUCAGACUGCUCAGCUUACUGUCCCGGUAAUCCAAACAAAUGUGUUGUUAAUGGACACACCUACUGUAAAAUAGGAUUGACAGGUAUAAACUGUGACCACGAUGUUGAUGAAUGCGUUAGUAAAACGUUCUGUAGUCACGGAACAUGUACAAAUACCAUUGGUAGUUUUCACUGUACCUGCCCACCUUCUGUGUACGGUCUGAAAUGUCAAAUAGAUGAAGAUGAGUGUCUGUUGGAGCCUUGUAAUGGAGGAGAGUGUGUCAACAAAAUCGGUAGUUAUGAAUGUCUUUGUCGAAAUGGUACAUCGGGGAAAACCUGUGAAUCAUUGACUGGUACUUCCUGUGACGGGAUUUCGUGUAGCAAUCAUGGCAGAUGUACCAUUAGUAAAGGAAAACCUGUGUGUCAUUGCAAUCACGGCUACUCUGGAACAGACUGUUCUACUACAGAUUUUUGUUUAAACAAUCAAUGUGACCAUAGUUCAACAUGUGUAAAUGGUGAAUCAAAUUACACAUGUCAUUGUCCCAUGGGUUUUAAUGGGCAACUUUGUGAAUUAGUUGACUUUUGUGCCAGUGAUCCUUGUAAAAAUUCUGGAAUAUGUACAAACACUGCUUCAAAUUUUUCAUGUAAAUGCGUUAAUAAUUUUAUGGGUCCAACAUGCAAAGAUUUCGACUACUGUGCAGGGAAAACUUGUAGCAACCACGGAACAUGCAAGCUUAAUAACACUGGGUAUAUAUGCAAUUGUAAUGGUGGAUUCAAAGGUAGAGACUGUCAACUUAAUGAUUUUUGUUUUGGAAAAGAUUGUAGUAAAAAUGGAAACUGCACAAGUGGGGUGAAUAGUUAUACGUGUCAUUGCAGUGCAAUGUAUAUCGGCAAAGACUGUGAUACAACUAAUUAUUGCUAUAGGAAGGACUGCUCUCAUCGUGGAGCAUGUCAUAUCGAAAACAACGCCUAUAAAUGUAAUUGUCAACCUGGAUAUAUUGGCAAGGACUGUGAACAUGAUUACUGUUUUAACAAAACAUGUUCUAAUCGUGGCACAUGUCAUAGUAACCAACAUUUCUACUCAUGCCAAUGCAACACUGGUUACACAGGACACGAUUGUGAACACACUUACUGUGAUACAAACCAAUGUCAAAAUAAUGCCACGUGUGUAAAUGGUCAUUCAGGCUAUACAUGUAAAUGUGAUCCUAGGUUUACUGGAAAUCAUUGUGAAACACGUAAUUUUUGCGAUGGUCACGAUUGCAACGGUCAUGGAAACUGCAGAAACGACAAAAAUGGCUAUACUUGUCAGUGUUCACCGGAAUACAAUGGACAUAACUGUGAACAAAGAAAUUACUGCCACAGUAACCCAUGCAUGCAUGGGAAGUGUACAAAUAGUCAUAAUAGUUUCAAUUGUGCAUGUCCGGGGGGAUACACGGGUCUUACCUGCAAUGCGGUAGAUCACUGCUAUAUCCAACAUUGCUCAAGUCGUGGUCGGUGCCAUAACGAAGGUAAUAGCUAUAAAUGUGUUUGUAAUGGUGGUUAUAUUGGUAAAAAUUGCGAAACUAUUGAUUAUUGCUAUGGCAAGCAUUGUAACAACCAUGGAAACUGUAUAAACGGAUUUCGGGGUUAUACGUGCAAUUGCAGUGCUGACUUUUUGGGCAAAAACUGUGAGACAGUCAAUUAUUGCUACAAUAAGGACUGUUCUCAUCAUGGAACAUGUCAGAAUGAAAACAACUCUUACAAAUGUAAUUGUAAAUCUGGAUAUACUGGCAAAGACUGUGAACAUGAUUACUGUUACAAUACAACAUGUUCUCACCAUGGUACAUGUCAUAGUGGACAACACUCCUACUCAUGCCAAUGCAACACUGGUUACACAGGACACGAUUGUGAACACACUUACUGUUACACACACCAAUGUCAAAAUAAUGCUACGUGUGUGAAUGGUCAUUCAAGCUAUACAUGUAAAUGUGAUCCUAGAUACAUUGGAAGUCACUGUCAAACACGUAACUACUGUCACGAUCAGAACUGCCAUUCUCGAGGAACUUGUCAAAAUGGUGGAAAUACUUAUUCGUGCCAUUGUAGAACUGGUUACUCUGGAAAAGAAUGCGAGUACGACAGUUGCUAUAAUAACAAGUGUCAGCAUGGAUCAACUUGUCAAGUAAUAUCCGGAACAUCAAACUAUACUUGUACAUGUCCCUCAGAUUACCUAGGAACUUUCUGUGAAACACGUAAUUUUUGCAAUGGUGUAAAUUGCAACGGUCAUGGAAAAUGUUCAAGCGACAAAAAUAAUUAUACCUGUCAAUGUUUACCAGAAUACCUAGGAACAAACUGUGAACAAACAAAUUACUGUCACAGUAACCCAUGCAUGCAUGGAAAUUGUAUAAAUACUCGCAACAGUUUCAACUGUACAUGUCAAGGCGGAUACACGGGUCCUACCUGUAAUGCCGUAGAUUACUGCUAUAAUCAACAUUGCUCAAAUCGUGGUCGGUGCCAUAAUGAAGGUAAUAAUUAUAAAUGUGUUUGUAAUGGUGGUUUUAUCGGGAAAAGAUGUGAGACCAUUGAUUAUUGUUUUAGUAAGCGUUGUAACAACCAUGGAAAUUGUAUCAGAGGAACUCAGGGCUAUACGUGCAAUUGCAAUGCUGACUUUUUGGGCAAAAACUGUGAAAUAAAUAAUCAUUGCUUUCAGAAGGACUGUUCUCAUCAUGGAACAUGUCAGAAUGAAAACAACUCUUACAAAUGUAAUUGUAAAUCUGGAUAUACUGGCAAAGACUGUGAACAUGAUUACUGUUACAAUACAACAUGUUCUCACCAUGGUACAUGUCAUAGUGGACAACACUCCUACUCAUGCCACUGCAACAAUGGUUACACAGGAUACAACUGUGAACACACUUACUGUGAUACAAACCGAUGUCAAAAUAAUGCCACAUGUGUGAAUGGUCAUUCAGGCUAUUCAUGUAAAUGUGAUCCUAGAUUUACUGGAAAUCACUGUGAAACACUAACCACGGAAUCUGUUCAGCGGACUUGUCUACUUCGUCGUACCACUGUGAAUGUACAGAUGGAUGGAUUGGUCAUAACUGUGAUAUUCCAGAUCCCUGUCAAACGAAGAUUUGUGAAAAUGGGGCUGAACCAUGCCAAAAUGACGGGUCAUGUGCUUCAGAACAGGAAGGAUAUAUUUGUCAUUGCCAUGCAGGCUACGAUGGGAAAAAUUGUGAACGCGACAUGGAUGAAUGUGCAUUCAAUUUAUGCCCAGCAAGAUCGGUAUGCUAUGAUAAUGCUGGUGGAUUUACAUGUAUUUGGAAAGAUAACCGACGACGACGAAGUUUAUUGA